AUGCAUCACGGCGAUCACACCCGUAUAACCAUCCUUUAUCGGGGAACCAGAGCAGGUAGGGCGUUCGGUGUGUGUGCGUGUGUGUGUGUCCUGAAGUCCUCCCUGAAGCGCCUGCAAAUCAACCCGACCAACUGGGAAGAGCUCGCUAGCGAUCGCCCGACAUGGAGGAGAACAGUGAAGACGGGCGCUGCUAUCUAUGAAGCCAACCGAAUCGCCGCCGCCAAAGCGAAACGCGAAGCCCGCAAAUCACAAUUUCGCCCAGUCCGCAACGCCGCCGCACAACCUCCCCCUACGUGUCCUCGAUGUCAACGGACAUUCCGGGCACGAAUCGGACUUGUUGGACAUCUCCGAACCAACUAUGCCUCUCGAACUGCUCCAGCCAUCGUCCCCCCGCCCGCCUCUUCCUCGUCCUCUCUGCCGCCAACUAACUCUGACACUCCUCCUGCACCACCACUUCCAUCCUCCUCGUCCUCGUCGCCCUCCUCCCUCUCCACUGCCCCAGCGGCGGCCGUUCAGACUGCUGUCUCACACAUCACCAACCCCAACACAACAACCGACAUCACCUCUCCCACCUCUCCUCAUACCACUGAUGAGGAUCAGAACUACACCUGCCCUCACUGUGACCGCACCUUCACCUCACACAUCGGCCUGGUCGGUCACUUGCGAAUCCAUCGCACAGAGACUGGCGAACCAGUGCCUGGAGCACCAACCUACACCCACCGCACUCGCCUUCACUGCCCACAAUGCCCUCGCACCUUCGCUCAUCGCAUGGGUCUAUUCGGCCACACGCGCAUCCACGGGAGCGGAAUUGACCGCAGCCUUGACACACCCACCCCGCCGAGCCCACUCCCAACCCACCACCUUGUGCACCCACUAACCACUCCCCAGCCGACACCGACGCCACCGACCUUACAACCCCUCACUCCUCCCCCUCCUCCUCCUUUCCUCCAUCACUGCCACAACGACGGCCGCUUCGGCGUCUGUCGCCCACGACUUCACCACAGCCGAACCUGGCACAACAACAGGCACAAGCCCUGCAACCUCCAUCAUCAGACGUGA